AUGUCGAGGGCUUCAAGGAGAUGCAACGAGCUUGUCCUCCUCUGGAGUUUUGCCUUGUGCUCACUUCAUGUCGCCUGGAUGGAGGACCUGUCCGACCUCACGUGCACUCCUGUACCGCUUUGCAAGGGCGCAAAUUGCCCACCACCGACGAGCCAGUCAGUCGGCAUGCUGCAGUUUCGAGGAGGUCUUGCGCUGAGGUCCUCCGUGGGUGGCUUCGGAGGAUGGUCCGGCCUCCGCCUGUCGCAGGAGGCAGGAGUUGUCGCUAUCUCGGACGAGGGAUGGGUCAUGUCCGCCACGCUGCUCUACGAGGACGGGUGGCUGACGGGCGUGAGCAACGGGAGGAUAGCUCCUCUGCUGAACCUUGAUGGGAGCGUGCUCGAGCACGGGAACAAGGCCUGGAGUGACGCGGAGAGCAUCGCCGUCUCGAACCAUACAUACCCCCCUGCACCCUCCUCCUCCUCCAUCCUUGGAGUCCCGACCGUCCCGAAAAAUCUUGAUCCUGAAGAGAUUCCAACGCACAUCUGCCAGCCCAACGGAGGGGUGGAGGCGAUGGAGUUCUUGCAUGAUGGCAGGCUGCUGCUCCUCUGCGAGGACCCGGUCCAGGACAUCUUCUUGCAUGCUGGAAACAUCCUGAGGAUUCGGCAUCUUAGCCCUGAAGUCCUGCUGCUCGCCCAGCAGAACCCCAGCGAGUGCGUCAUGGUCGGCUCGCUCCUUGCAGAGCUCAACAACUCCCAGCACAACGUGGACAACUUCGAGGGCCUCGCGGUCUUGCCGGGAGCCGGCAAUCCGGGCCAGAUCGAGUUCGCGAUAGUCUCCGACGACAACUACAACCCCUACCAGCGGACCCUCCUCUUCUCCUUCCUCCUCGACGUCAGUCGCCUCCCCCCAGCCUCCUGCACCCGCGUCAACACACUCUCCUCCGACACCGAUGUCAACCAGCUCGGCAAAAAGGAUGGUUCCGCUGCACAAGCGCUCGCUCUCGCUAUGAGCAUUGUCUUCAUCGUGCUGGGCUCCCUGUAUGGCCUGUGGAGUUUCGUCCUCAAGAAGAGGCUCCAGCGGCGCAACUUCGAGCUCGCGCCACUCUGGAGCCACCUCGACGAGGAAGAGCACAAGCCGCGGACAAACACGGAGGAGAACUGA